GACCACGGCACGAAGUUGCGUAGUUUAAAGGCACACACUGUAUAAAAUAGACGCACGUUUGUAUUAAAUUUACGUAGUAAAACGAAUAAUAAAUAAAACCAAAAAAUAACAAAAAAAAGAAAACAAGAAGAAGAAGAAGAAAAGAAAACCCAAAACGCAAAAAACAAACAAGCAAACAAACGAGAAACGAUAAAAAAAAAAAAAAAUAGAAAAACACACGAUAAACGGAUAAAUUAAUGAAAAAACACGACGAUCACGCAUAUUGAACGAGAACAUAUAGAAACCCUUAAAACUAUUCCACGAUAAAUAUAAUAUUCAUUGAAUAAAUAAAACGAGAAACUAAAGAACCGAAGAGAUAAAUAAAAACGUCACAAGAUAACGAGUAAAGAAAGAAGAAGCAGAUAAAUAUAAAAGAAAAUAUGCCGCGUCAACAAGCCGACUGGGGAAAGAUCAUAUUCGUAUAUAUUUUACAAUUAUUUUCAUAUGCGACUAAUGCGGAACACGUAGUGCAGCUCGUUGCACCGAGUUAUGUUAAGUUUAACGACUCGGCAACCCUUGUUUGCAACCACAAUGUGGCACCCGAUGAUCUCCACAAGAUCGAAUUUUUAAAGGACGAUAAGAAGAUUCUUCAAUAUGUAAGAGGCCGCAAUGAUCCGUUGCAGAAAACGCCCCUACCCGGCUUGGACUUUGAGCCUUCACCGGAUGGCCAGACAAUCACACUGAACAAUGUUCGCUUCGCAGCGACCGGUUCUUAUCUCUGCGUGGUCGUUACGGCCUCCCCGUCGAUAUUCACUAAGAGUUCCAACGCGACGAAACUGCAGGUUAUAGUACCGCAGUCGGAAAAACCGCACAUAACUUUCAAGCAGCGCGUUUACGAGUCGGGAGAAACACUAGAGGCGAAUUGUACCUCGGCGCCUGCUCAUCCUGUUCCUCAUCUAACUUGGUUUAUCAAUGGAAAUGAGGUGGACAUUGGACUGGUGACGCCAUUUCCGCAUAAUUUUCAUAACCGUGAUCUUGGCUCAGCUACCUCUAAAUUAUUGAUCGAAGUUUCGGAAUUGCACGCUGGUGACAACGGACGCCUUGAGAUUCGUUGUCAAUCAACUAUUCCGGGAUUCGUAACUCAUCGCGAGCAGUACGCUGACAUUCGAACGAAGACUGUGGAAGUGGAGAUCGCAGUUGUCCCGAUACAAACAUCAGGCGCACUCGGGAGUUUUGCAUCUCUGCUGUUCGUAGGAUGCAUACUGCACGCUGUGCAUCCAAUAAUUCCUUAAUAAAAGUCAAUUGCUAUAGAAUAAAUAAUGUGUAUUAUACUGUCAUAAUGUAAGACGCAGAAGAAUAAUAAAAGACCAAACAAUCAUGUUA